AUGGCCAAGACUCGCGCCUCUGCCACUAACCCCAACCAAGCGUGGUCGAGCUGCCUCCUCCCCCGUACCAUCACGCGCGAUGAGUCCCCUUCCCCUUCCCCUGAUCAUGGGGGUGAGGAGAAGGAGACCUUGACGAUCACCAUCAAGAAGCCUCGAGAAGGUCGUCCUCGGAAGCCCCAGGCUUCUGGUGAUGAGGCUGAGCGGCAGCCUGCUCCGUCUGGUAGACAGACUGCCAAAAGCACUGGUCGCGGUGGAAGGCGUGGCACUGGAUCUCGCAAGGCCUCAGCUACGACCAAGCGCAACCCUUCUCUCUCCCCUACUCCCACUCGUUCUCAGGCUCACCAGGAUUCUACACCUUUGGCUGGGGAUGAGAAAGAGGUUCAACGGAUCACCAAAAGCUUCAUUUCAAACGAGGCUGAUGACGUUCAUCGCCACUCUGAGACUUCAGAGGAUGAAGGUUCCGAUCAGGACAAGUACUGCGAGAUCGACACCUCGUUGAAGGUGAAGGAGCUGCAGGCUGCUAGGGCUCGUCGAGAAUCCCAGCAGCUGAGAAGAUGGCUGGCAUCUCCUCUGACGAUGGCGAUUACCAUGAAGCCUUCUAUGGGAAAGCUGAACGUCUCUCCAAAGUCUCCAUCUCCGCAAAAGCCUAGACACCCCUCAGCGUCCAAGCCUGUGGUCGAGAUCACUAUGACACCCCGUGGGCGUCAGCAGCGUCGCACCAAGUCAGAGUCAAACAUCACUCACUUGACGCCAACGAAGCGUGGCAAGGCAGCCCAACUCAGGCCCCAGGCUGAGGACUCAGACGAUGACAUCAUGUCUGAAUUUGAGUUGGAGGCAGCUGGGGGGGCUGAAGACGCUAUGGAUAUUGAUGACGAGGACUCUAACCCAGAUGCUCUCUACGUGCUCAGUCCUGACCACACCACCAAUGGCACACCGAGCAAGAAGCUUGCAAGCAAGAUGUCCUCGAUCAAGAUGAAAGACAGGACUCCUUCGACUAGCUCGACUCCAACCAAGAAGAGAAACGUCAAGAACGUCUCCCACAAAAAAGGCCCGCUUCUCAAUCAAGUACAAGUCUGCGUCAACCCAGACCACGACCUGUCGGAAGUGAAAGUUGAACGCCUGGUGUUGCCUAAGCCUCUCGACAUGCAGAAGCUCAAGGACAAGGCCUCAAAAUCGGUACCGCACGAGCUUUGGGGUGUUCAGCAGUCGAUCGACAGGAGCACCACGAUCGCCAACAUUCGCCAUGGGCUGCCUGACUUUGAGAAUGACGGCAAGACGUACAUGGUGAACUACAUUCACCCACUGCACGUGAGCCCCACUAGUAGGCUUCUGACCUCGAAGCACUACCCCACGGUGCAUCCAACGAUCUUUUACAAGACGUUGGCCAACACUGGCGACGGCAUGAAGGUCUUCAAUAUUGGAUGUGCUGACCCUAAGUUCUUCAAGAAGGUCUCCAAGUUCAAGGCUAACUCGUACUAUCUGUGUUUCGACAACCUGGCUCUUGGCAACAACAUAGCUAUUGGCUAUGCUGUUGGCAUGGUGAUCAGAGCGCACACGGAGAACAACGGGGAGUUCCAGUUUGGUGCCACGUCGUUAUACGGCAAAGGCAUUCACCUUGAGCUGCUCGGCAAGGCUGAUAAUGCUCGACUGGGUCCUUUUGUCCUUCGUGCAAUGGACUACCAGGAAGCAACGAUCGCCACUGGUGAAACUGCGCUCUUGAAGAAUGAUGAGCUUGUUAGCCAGGGUUGCUUCUGGGCACACUCUGCGUUGCACAACCCUGAACGUGCAAGUACCAUGACACCUCGGCCUAAAAGGUCAAUCUCUGGUCCUGUCCCGAAGAGCAUCCACCUCAGCUCAGAUGAGGACGACGAGGAAGUGGGUUCCUCUAGUCGCUCUGUGCGGCAGUCUGAUCCCAUCAAGGAUCUGAGUGACACGGUGAAGUCGUAUCACUCACCCGAUGCCACCUACCCAGUUUGGGACGCCACUGCGCACUUCCAGAAGGAAGACAGAGUCGAGAGCUAUCUCCUCAACCAGCCUCAGUUGCUCCCUCGCUGCCUUCCUGGUGAGGGUGGUGAACCACUCCAGCCUCACGAUCUGGCUGUCGUCUACUUCACCUGCAACUCUUACUCUAGUAAGAGUGGCAGUGACGACAAGCCUUCAAUUGGCUUCAACCUCUGCGGUGCAGUGAAGAUCGCCUCUCAUGUGUUGGUCGAGGAGAGCACCUAG